CUCACUCCAAAAACCCAAACUCCGAUGAAGCACCUGUCAGUUCGGUCCGUCCCCCCAAUUGUCAUCUUCGUAUAUGAAACACCCCCAAACAAUCAUUCAAGGUGAAAGAUUCAAUUUUUGUUCUCUCAAUCUUCUCCAUCUCUCUUUGUUAUUUAUUCAAGUGCACUAUCAUGGAACAAGAAGUAGGGGAAUCAUUGAUUCAAUUGGGAAGCUUGGGUGAUCCUAACUCAAGCAGCUCUGAUCCUGUAACUCGGGUAAGGAAGCUACUGUUUCGCCGUAUGCUGGUGGGGAUCAAAGAUGGAAGGUUUUUCUUGGGCACUUUCCACUGCAUUGACAAGCAAGGAAAUAUCAUUCUCCAGGAUUCAAUAGAGUAUCGUAGCACCCGACAUUCCACUCCAUCUCCUAUGGAGCAACGAUGCCUCGGUCUCAUUCUCAUACCCUUCUCUUGUCGAACAUCCUGUCAUGUGGAUUGCUCCAUCAAUGAACAAUUGUCACUGCUGAAGGUUUAAGAAUUGAGACUCUCUGUUUCCAUUGAAUCUCUGUUUGAAAGAAAACAACAGUUUUUCCUGAUUUAUAAUUAUCCUUUUGUUGUCUUCCUGAAGGAGUAAUUGUAAUUACUUUGAUUUCAAUGGAAGGGAAUAUGAUUGGUGCACGACA